AUGAAACACGAAAACUAUGAUCCUCAUUUUCCCGAUCAGCCGGUGGUCGAUCUUUACCUCAAAACAUGGGCAAAGCUUCCGGCUUUCAAGUCCAAACCGGCGUUUAUCUGGGUUGAAGACGAGUCAAACCGCUCUGGGCUCACCUAUGAGGAGUUAAACACCUCAGUUCAGUGCAUUUCUUUAAGGUUGUUGGGUUCCUUGAAACGAGGUGACACAGUUGUUGUUUUAUGUUCUCCGGGUCUUGAACUUGUGGAGAUCAUUUUUGCGUGUCAAAGAGCUGGGUUGUUGGUGGUUCCAGUUUCUCCUCCUGACCCAUCUUUUGCCGGGGAGAAUUUUCAUCAUCUCGUGAGAGUUCUUUCCCAGACAAACCCAAAAGCUGCCAUUGCAGAAAGUGAGUACAUCAAGAGUGUAAGACAGUAUAUAUCCGCCCCCUCUUCAAACACGCGGCUUUCUAAGCUUUUGCAGGAACUAAAAUGGAUUCCUAUGGAAGAAAUCAAAAACAAUAAUGCUGAUACCAUGUGGGAGUUUAAGAAGGGAGAUGAGUGUUGGUACAAUGGGUGCAGAGCUGAGGAGGUGUACUUGAUUCAGUACACGUCAGGGGCAACUGGGAUUCCUAAGCCCGUCCUCGUAACCGCCGGCGCGGCAGCACACAACGUUAGAACAGCACGAAAAGCCUACGAUCUUCACCCCAACAGCGUUAUCGUGUCGUGGCUGCCGCAGUAUCAUGACUGCGGCCUCAUGUUUCUCCUUCUCACCGUCGUUUCCGGCGCCACGUGCGUCUUAACAUCUCCCAAUGCAUUCGUGCGCCGCCCCAGAAUCUGGCUCGAGAUCAUCUCCGACUACAAAGCCACCUGCACUCCGGUGCCGUCUUUCGCCUUGCCACUGGUUUUGCGGCGUGGAGCGGUGGACCAACGCGCCGGUUCUGUUACUUCUAUAGACCUUUCUUGCAUGAAGAAUUUGAUCGUCAUCAACGAGCCGAUUUACCGAAAACUGCACCUUCGUUUCAACGGCGUGGAGAGUUAA